AUGGUCAACCCAGUAACCCUGGGACCAAAAUACCUACAGGACACCAUAACUAAAGUCAAACGCAUACAAGAGAAAAUGAAGGCCGCCCAGGACCGCAAAAAAUCCUACGCCGACCUGGGGAGGAAGCAGGCCGAAUUAUCCACAGGAGAGAAGGUCUGGCUAAAGAUCUCACCCACUCGAGGGGUGAUGAGGUUCGGAAAGAAGGGGAAACUUAGUCCCCGGUUCAUUGGUCCCUACGAAAUCUUUGAAAAAGUCGGAAACCUGGCCUACCGCCUCGCCCUACCCGCCGAGCUGGAAUGGGUGCACAACGUGUUCCACAUAUCACAGCUAAAGAAAUAUGUGCACGAUGCAAGUCACGUGGUACAACCCAAGGCGGUAAGCCUGGACGACACACUAACCUACGAAGAGAAAUCCGUAAGGAUCCUGGACACUAAGACAAGGACCAAUCGCCAACGAACCACAGAAAUGGUAAAGAUCCUCUGGUCCAAUCACGGAACCGAAGAGGCAACAUGGGAAUUUAAAGAAGCCAUGAGGGAACGCUACUCCGAACUUUUCACGCAAGUACCUGACGAAGCGGAAAGAGCAAUCGCGAAGAGAGAAAAGGAGGAGGUUAUAGGCGCGGAGGAGGAAGAGGCGGAAGAGGAGUAUACGACGACAGAGAAGACACAGAAAGUCGAGAAGACAAUGCCAACCGCCACAGUGGCGUAG